AUGACUCUCGAUGCGGAAGUGACCUCGCGUCUCCGCGACAUCAUAGACACGGCCUGCGAAGACCAACAGUCCGGUAUCCCCGGGACCACGGUCGUCGUCGUUGGCAAAGAUGGCAACGAACUAUUCGCUCACUCUGCCGGUAAGCGAGGCACGGGAUCCAAAGACCCCAUGACUUUAGACAACAUCUUCUGGAUUGCAUCUUGUACGAAGAUGUUGGUGGGUGUCGCCUGCAUGCAAUUGGUUGAGCAGGGCAUUCUCAAGCUGGAUGAUGGGGCGCAGACAGAGAGUCUUUGCCCUGAAUUGAAGAAUCUCAAGGUUUUGCGGCCAGAUGGCAGUUUUGAGGAGAAGAAGCGUGCAAUUACCCUGCGUAUGCUGUUGAGCCAUACUGCCGGAUUCGGCUAUACUUUUUUCAAUGAGAGACUGAGACAGUGGUCGUAUCCGGUUGGCGUGGAUGAGUUCUCUGGGCGGAUUGAAGACAUGAAGCUGCCUCUGCUUUUCCAGCCCGGGGAAGGUUGGGAAUACGGCGUUGGUAUCGACUGGGCGGGAAUCGCACUGGAGCGCGCCACUGGCCUGACGCUCAACGACUAUCUCCAGACACAUGUUUUCAGCCCCUUGGGAUCAAGGACAUACGGCACUCUGAGGGCCCGAGACCAUCUUCUUCGAGCGCCUCUGGUUGUUGAUCCGGACAACAAGGCCGAAGUCGCCCGAGUGUUCAACAGCGGCGGCGCAGGCAUGUUUGCCAAGCCGCAGGAGUACUGCAAGGUCCUAGCUGUGCUGUUAAACGACGGAACGUGCCCUAGGACGGGCAGCAAGUUGCUUCGCAAGGAAACCGUCGACGAAAUGUUCUCCAACCAAAUCCCCCAUUUCCCCAACUACAGCCGCCAGGGCAUCCCAGCUGCAAAACCGGACCUGACAAACCCCAUCCCUGAGCUGUACCCGGUUUCUGGGGACCCUCCACAGGGCUGGGGCCUCACGUUCAUGCUGAGCAACGGCGGCGCGACAGGGCGGUCGAAUGGCACAGUGCACUGGGCUGGGCUGCCGAAUUUGUGGUGGUGGGCGGACAGGGAGAAGGGCAUUGCAGGGAUUGUCUGUACGCAGAUUCUGCCGUUCGCGGACGCCCAGGUGCUUGGACUAUGGGGAGCAGUCGAGGCCGAGAUAUACAAAGGGCUUGCCUAG